GUUCCCACUGACUCACCACCAACACUAUUCCAUCAACAUGAAGCCAUUGUCACACCAUAGCAGCAGUGACACAGACAACCAUUAACAACAGAACAUUGGGACCAAGUCACAGUUUAUACAACAAAGGAUUUUAUGCUGUAAAAAAUGAUCUGACAGCUUUAACAGCUCUCUCGCACAUCAAGCAACUGUACAUGGAAAUAUGUUUGUAGAAUACUUAUCUGUAUUAUUACUUCAAUUCUGUUUAUGCAUGGACAUCACCUACCAUGUCAAUGAAGAAGACAGUCCUCACACCUACAUAGGAGACAUUGCUGCUGAUUCUAACUUAUCAAACUCUCUCACACAUCAACAACACACUCUCAUUACAUUUACACAACUACAAAGGACAGUCGAGAGUGGUUCUCACUUAUUUAAUGUCACCAACUCAGGAAAACUAUACACUACUCAAACACUGGAUGCUGAGUCUCUGUGUACAUACAACAAGGAAUGUUCCAGAAUAGUUAAAGUAGCAGUAAGGAAAGGAAAGACAUUUAUGAAGAUAUUAAAAGUGAAAGUAACAAUAGAAGACAUCAAUGAUAAUCAACCAACAUUUCCCACCAAAGAGAUUUCAUUAGAAUUUGAUGAAGGUGAUGGGAAGGGAAUGAAAAAGUCCAUCCCUAACGCAAUUGACAAAGAUGUUGGAUUUCAUAACCACAUGAUAAAAUACUUUUUGGCAAAUUCUGAAAACGAACCAUUUUCAUUAAUAGUAACCAGAAGAGCUGAUGGAAUCUCAAUGUUAGAAAUUGUUUUAGAAGAGAGGUUGGAUAGAGAAAUGAAGGAUAUCUAUAACAUAAAUGUUGUGGCUAAAGAUGAGGGAUCUCCAACUAAACAGAGUGUUUUAAAAGUUCGAGUAAUAAUUAAAGAUGAGAAUGACAAUCGACCUGUAUUUUCUAGAAAUAUUUAUAAUGUAUCCAUCAAAAACACACACAAUAAGAAUAUUCCAAUCCUCACACUAUCAUCAACGGAUUCCGAUACAGGAGAAAAUAAGAAAGUCUCUUACUACUUCAGUCCAAUGACUUCAGACACUGUUAAAAGACAGUUUCAAGUCGAUCACUCUACUGGCAAAAUUUUCUCAACAGAGAGUUCUAGUCUAGAUACUAAAUUGACAUACCAACUCUACAUAGAAGCUAGGGAUGGAGGCAGUCCUCCUCUCAGUUCCAUAGCAACAGUCCUCGUGAAUGUCAUCAACCAACACAAUAAUCCUCCAUCUAUUGACAUUGAUUAUGUUUCUGCAAUCAGUGACAACACAGCUACCAUCUCGGAAGAUACCAAAGUCGGUAGUUUCAUUGCUUAUGUGAUGGUCACUGACAAUGAUGUUGGGUAUAAUGGACAAGUCAGCUGUAGCCUCCAUCAUGAUAUAUUACAGCUGGUGUCCAUGGGGUCAAAAGAAUUUAAAAUAGUUAUGAAAAGUUCUGUUGACAGAGAGACACAAGAUUAUUAUAAUGUCUUGAUUACCUGUCAAGAUGAAGGUUUCCCAUCUCUUAAAACAGAACAAAUGUUUUCACUCCAGGUCACUGAUGCCAAUGAUGUACAGCCACAAUUUAAUAAAGACAUGUUUAAAUUUUUAACUUAUGAAAAUGAAAAACCACAUUUUCCUAUUGGCUUUAUCAAUGCCACUGAUCCUGAUCUGGGACUGGCUGGGAAGCUAACCUAUUCCCUAUUGCACAAGAAAAGGCAUCCAAUUCCCUUUCAAAUUUCUAACUAUGGCUUUAUUUCAACAAACCAGUCUUUAGACAGAGAACACAGAGAUUUCUAUGAGUUUGAGGUUUUUGUGAAAGACAAUGGAAGCCCAUCUCUGAAUAACACAGUGAAUGUUGAAGUGGAAGUAUUGGAUAGAAAUGAUAAUGCUCCAUAUUUUACAUUUCCUAGUGUUGACCCUUUCACUCUUGAUGUCCACUAUCAUCCGCAAAGUAAGAACGACAUCACAGUUUUGAGAGCUUCAGACAGAGACAAUGGAAAUAACGCUUUUCUCAAGUAUGAAAUCGUUUCAGGUAACGAGAGACAGUUAUUUAAACUGGACUUGUUCACUGGUGUGUUAUCUUACUCUCGCACAGUUUACCAAAAUGAUGCCGGAUCAUAUGAGCUUGAGUUUGUUGUGAAAGACAGUGGUACUCCAGUUCUGUCAGCAACAACUAGUGUGUCUUUGACACUGACUGUUAGUAACAAGACGUCACCAAUGUUCACAGCUGUGCACUUACAGUCUGGUAACAACCUCAAUUUAACUUGGGUAAUUAUCAUAGUAGUAGCAGCUGUAAUAAUAUCUGUGGCUAUUGUGGUUUCUGUGACACUGUGCUUUAUUAGAGGCACCAAUACAAGAAAUAAUUCUGCAAGGGUUCGUGAAAAUUCUCAAUACCAUUCAAGAGCAGAAAUGAAACAGUUAAUAUACCAAACAAAUAAUCCCAUAGUUGUGACAAAAAACCCAGAAGAGAUGCUCAGCAAUAACAGUCCGUCAAUUAUAUCAUCAAACCAGUUUUACCCUGAGGAGAACUCAAGUAAAGACUGGAAAACAGCUACUCUAGUCCGGACACUUCCAAAAUCCAUAACGAAGUACAGUCAGCCAAUAGUGGUGACAUCUAGCGAUGACCCUGUUAUGAUUCCUAACUAUCUCAGUGAUUCAUUGGCAACUCUAAGAGACAGUUGCCUUACUUUGGACGAGCAGUAUAAUGGACUUUAUGAAGAAAUACCUGCAAUGUCAGGUUUUGUUAUUUUUCAGGAAUCUACAAUUUCAACCCAAGUAUGUCCCCAAAUUUUAUGAAGAAAUAUCAACAGCACUGCUGAGGUAUCUCUUUAGAAGUUACUUCUCCUGAAGGUAUAAGUCUCCUUGAUGCAGAUAUCUAAUUAACAAACAUUGAACAACAAUGGGAUUCCUUUCAGCAAUAAACUGGAAAUUAGUUUUAUCUUAGAUUCUCUGCAUUGAUGCAUAAAAGAACUUUUACUUUGAACAAUUAUAUAUCAAGUGUCCACAUCUCCAGUUCUAUUUCUUCCACUGUUUGUUGGCAAAGUGGAUGAUUGUGGAGGGAAGGCCAUAUCUGCAUUUCAUUUAGACGGUAAUAAAAAUUCCAAGAUUACUUGAAAAAUAAAGUUACUAUGAUAGAAUUAUAUUGCUAACAUCGUUUAUUAAACAUGUACACUGUACUAUGAACAACAAGAAUUAUUAUCGUUUCGUUUACCACAACUUUGAAAUGAACAGCCAAAAGAUUUUUUAAAAUUCUGAGGAAAUGAAAAUGUAAAAACUAAAAAAUUCCUUUGUAAAUACAGUGAGUGUACUCUCUAAUUGUCCAACACAUUCCAAGUCAUUCUGUCUGGGUUAAGAUACUUGCUGAAUUUUGGUUCGUAUUACUUCUUUGUUGCUUAAUCAAUCUUUGCAUAGAAUGAGAAAACAUCAUGGAAGGAAAAAAGAAAGACAAACAGAGAAAAAAAAAAGAGAAAGAAACUAAACUCACGUGAAACUACAAUUGUCAAAAAUCAAAGCCAAUUCUACACAUAUUCUGAUAUUCAUGAUAUAUAAUCCAUUUACUAUGUAAUCUAAUUUGACAUUUAUUCUAUUUGAUAUAUAAUCCCUUUGAUAUCAAUAAUCUAAUUUCAUAUGUAAUCCUUUGUAAUCAAUUGAAAAUUGAAACAUAUAUUGUCUGUAAGUUGUCAAAAAUAGUUGCAUCAGAUGUUCUUUCUAAAGCUAGCUUUGGUUAAUGUAUAUUUUUGUUGAUGGAAACUUUCUGCAAUUCACUUCUGUUGUCAUCAAAAGGAUUUAUCUAUGGAAAUAUUGUAUAUCUAAAUGGAACAGCAACAAAUAUAAUAUAAAAAGAGAAAGACAGAGCAAAAAGCAUUUCCAUCAGACAAAAGGUCUGUGCAAAACAAUGCAUGUUUGAGAUUCUUAUCACUUGUCAUGUGUGAUAUUAUUGAAUGAUAGUAUGUGAUAAUACAUUGUAAUACUGAGUUUACUGACAAGAAGAUCAUUAAACUAACACAACAUUUACUAACUUAUGAACUGCAUACAACUGUAUCUCAGUUAAAAAA